UUGGCGGUAAAGUGUGUAUUUUAUGGAGAUCAGAGGAAAUGUCACGAGUUUAUAGCUGCUAGGCUAAUAUAACCAACUUGUUGAAUGCCGUUGAUGUAAAGCCAUUGCAGACUGGCAUGUUUUCCUCCAUGCUUUAGACUGUUUCUAGCCAUCGGAAGUGAUCAAUUCAAAGUCGAGUGUUGUUUCUUGAUAAUUCUUCUGAAUUGAACCUUUUCGUAAUAGAUUGGGGCAGUGAUGUAGACAUGUAAGAUGUGUGAAUUACCACGUCUUUAUUUGAGAAGACUUGUUAGUUCUAAUGAGCCACGUGUUUUAGGAGAUUAGGAGAUUUACGUAAAAUUGGCUCCUAAUGCAGUUAUACAUCACACGACAGGGCCACAGAAGUUAUAUUUUGUGAUUAUCUUGAAACUCUUCCUCUGCAGUGUGAAAAAACAAUUUGAGCAUUUUUUUCUCUUUAGUUUUUUUCCUCAUUAUGAUGCUAACCUCUGUGAUAUUGUUUUUAAACUAGAGCGAGGAAGAGAGGGGAAGAUAAUGUGAAUAUUGAUUGUUGAUACAUAAAUAGAGUCACGCCUCCCUCACUAUCAGGAACAAUGGCAGAUUAAAAAUUUUAUUGAUACCUGUGUAAUUGUUUAUCUGAAGGAUCAAUCAUUGUUUACCCUGGGUGAAAAGGAUAGCCGUCUAUUGAACAAAAUGAUGUUAGUCACUCAAUCGCCAAUCAUUAUUAUAAGUUCCUAUGACCAGAAAAGAUCCCUUCCAGUUGGAUAAUCAUGUUCAAUUGGAGCACAUCACACACAUUAGUAAGUCAACGCCUGUCCUGAGAAGUCACUCAUUUGGGGGUGGUCUUGUCAUGAAGGCCCACCACGACAUGCAGCAUACCCCCUCGGGGGCACCUGUUCUGGGGGAGACGUUUCGUGCCCGGGGGCAUUGGAGCCUCCAUAAAAACUCCCCCACCACCAAGUCUAGUACCGGCAUCAGCUUCAGGAAGUCACCGAGGAUGCCGAAAGUACCAAGACCCAACCGGACUAUACUGAUGUUUGAGAGUGUUAAAAAUGGAAUAAGAGAAUUUAUCCAGGCCACAAGGGAAGAUAUUGAGGCACUACAUUCCAGAACUGUUGACCAGACCACCACAUCUCAAGGAAGAUUAUUGGAGACAGACAAGCAAAUCAAAGCUGCCGAGAGGUACAUGAAGAGAUUAGAAUUCCAUCUGGCCAAGAUAGAGGAACUCCAUGACCAUUACCGUGUUCAGCAACAGAUGAGAGAGGGCACCAGAACAAUGCAGAGAGCAUUCAUUGUGUCACCCCACCGAAAGAAAGACUCGAUGGAGAGAGUGCGAUAUGGGCUCAAGGAGUGCUCCCAGACUAUGUGCUCUAUAGAGGCCCAGCUGGAGGCCAUGAUGGGGACUUUCUCCUGUAAACUCAAAGGAAUGGCUGGAUUUGCCAGACUUUGUCCAGGAGAUGUUUUUGAAAUUGUGAUCAAACAUGGCACACAGAAGUGGAAGUCAAAAGGCAGAAUAGAGAAGAAUGGGACACAGAGAUGGGAUAAUCCGGAUUUCAAGUUUAAAGCUGUCAUUGGCGAUGUUUUUAAUAUUAAGGGCAUUGAGUUAAGGCUGCUCAAGUCAGUGACUCUUGGUCAGAAGAAAUGUGAAACCAAGGACUUGUUCUCUGCCAAUCCUCAACUAAUGACAGUCAGCAUUAACACAAAUGGCUCACUCAAACUCAGUGUUAUAAUUAUCUGGAAUCCUUUGGAUGGGGUGGAGGAGACAAUGCCUUAUUUUGAUGUUCCUCUUCGGCAGCCCAGCGCACCUCGGAGGAGACCUGUGUCUGUUAUGGCACUAAAUGGAGAACUGACACAGAGUGACUUCCUGGGACCUGAGAGAAGAUACUCUAACCCUGUCAGUCUGACACAAACAAAAGACGAUAACUUUAUCCUCAGAACUUCUGCUCCUCCUACAGCCCACACCUCACCCAAUCACUAUGGAAACCAUUUAUCCAGCCAAUCAAAUGUCCUGUACUUGCCUGGUGCUUCCCCUCAAUUCAUGAACCCCCAUUCUCCUCCAGUGACUUCAAAACUUGUUGCCCCACCAAGGCAACAGAUUCCUCAGAGAUAUACUGUGUCACAACCGAACUUAAACUCUGGGCUGGGUGCCUCCCCCACCCCCAACAGAAUUCCACAGUUUCUGUCCAGUGGAUCUCAUGAUACGUAUGGUAAUAUGCACUUUAAUGUGGCUAUGGGACAUGGAAUCACGUUGACUAAAGAUGAGCCAAUCCACAUUGAGGAUGCUCUGAACAGCUUGAGUGCCAGUCUGGAGGAUUACCAUGGGCAGUAUAGAGAGCUGGAGAAGUUAGAAGAUGUGGUGGUCAUGUUGGAACAAGUUCUUCGAAAGGAGUCUAGAUGCAGUUCUCGGACAGGCAGUAUAUGUGUGUCUGUACAGGAUGCCCUCGGUGCUUUCGAUUUCCUGGAUACCGAGGUGACAGAGGAAGGGGAGACAAAUCAGGAGUCUACACUUUUUGAAAAUGUGAUGUCUAGUCCUGAGUCUACAGCUAAGACAGCAGACUCUGGCAUUGAGUCACUGGCCAAGCGGUUGUCAGAGGACACUAACCUGGGUUCCAGUGAAGGUUCAAGUCCUCUUCCUCCCAGCACUGGAAAUGAACACGUGGAUCAAGCCCUCGUGUUUCAUCUGGUUUACUGUGAGAGACUACUGGAGAGUUUAGGAAGUUUUGGACCACUAAAAUGCAGGGAAAUUUAUGCUCUGGACAGACUACAAAAGCAAGCUGAGAUUAUAGAACAUUUAAUCAAGAUUUCCCAGUCACACGAUAUAAAUCUUCAUGCCAUCAUGGCAGAGCUCAGUGAUGAUAAAAGUUUACGUGAAUUCUGGGUGAGGUGCACGGACACAAAUGUUCUCUACAUUCACCCAGAGAAACUCGUAGGUGCCUUCGAACAAAAGUAUGGAGCACAACUUCAGAGUAAAUACAGCAGAGAUCCCAAGAAAGUGUUGAGACAUUUGGUAAUGAGGAUCUUAGAUGUUCCCAGCUAUGACCCAGAGAAGGUCAAGGCCACAUGUAUUGUCACACUUCACCAGUUCCUGCAGUACUUCAAAGAUGAGGGAGGCCUUCAAAAUGUAGAUGCAGUAGCUGCUGAGUUGCAAAUGAUUGAAAAACUCUGUUCUGGGAAACAAGAGAGUAUAAUCAAAUGUGUGAUGUCCCUCAAAGGAACCUUUCCUCCCGCACCGUGCCUCAAAGUAAUGGGGGCUCUUCUGAUUAGUGGUAGUAAUGAAGUAGCCAGGACAGUAGAGUCCUAUUUGGAAGACAUCGCAAGAACAAAAGAGUUCAGGGACAAGGCCUUGCUGGUGUUUGUGGAGGGUUUGGAGGAUAAGACACCAGAGAUUAGGGCGGGAGCUUGUGAAGCCCUGGGUAAACUAGAGGCCUCAGAGAGUAUAGAGCAGCUAUCGUACCUUUGUCAGACUGACACCUCUACUGUGGUCAGGGUUCGAUCUAAACAAGCCCUCUUCUCUUUUGGUGAAGUUGGCCGUCAUGCAUUCGAAGAAAUUCAACUGUCCACUCAUGGGUUCCAAGGACUGCAGGUUAGAAAGUAGUUCAGAGCUGGCCGAGUACACAAAGGUCAAUCCCUAGCCAUAGGGGCACACUUCAGACUAAAGUGUAGGAUCUGGAGGGGUAUGAAAUCGUCCCACCUGA